CACUUCACCUUCCGCUGAUAUAUCCACUAUAUAGGCAACUCAAUCCAUCCUCCAAUUUGAUCCUUUCCAUCGUCGUGAUCUUCGCCUCUAGAGCGGCGAGAGAUAGAGAGAUGGCAGAAGAAUUCUUAAGCAUUCAAGGAGGAAGCUGGUGGAGCACCGCAACCGAUUUGGGCGAAGCUAAACCUUAUCAUGAUCAGCCCCUUGAUCAUGAGUCCACAGGGUCGGCUUGUGGCAGCUCAAUCACUUUUCAAGAAUUCACUCCUAAUUCCUUCAUGGAUUCCACCAUGACAACUAGGUUCAUCAGCCAACUUCCUUCUUCCUCCAUCUCUUGGACUCAAGCUUUACUGACUAGUUCCGGAAAACCUGUGGAUUUCAUGGCCAUGCUACAGGAUCAAGAUCCUGCCAUGGUUGGUGCCACGAACCGUAAUCUUUUGCUCGAGCAAUAUAACUUUGGCCAUGGUGAUGAAACCUGCUCGAGCUCACUAGCCAUGAUGCAAAGCCUAGUGAGGAAUGAGCAGCAGCAGGAUCCUUCGCCCGCACUGGUAAACCAAGAGCUCAUCAAUGACCAGUUGCAUCUCACCUGCAACACCACUCCGACUGCACUGUGGAAUCUUAACGCUAGUAACGAUAUCAAGUCAAUCAAAACAGUUAAUAAGAAGAGUUGUUCUUCAUCGACCAACAAAACUGGAGGCGAGAAAAGGCAAAGAUUAAUGGAAAGAGCUUCUCCAUUGCCAAGCUUUAAGGUGAGGAAGGAGAAAUUAGGGGACAGAAUCACUGCUCUUCAGCAGCUAGUUUCGCCUUUUGGAAAGACCGAUACUGCAUCAGUUCUUCAAGAAGCCAUUGACUACAUCAAGUGCCUUCAUGACCAAGUUGGUGCUCUCAGCAGUCCCUACUUGAAGGAUGGGUUUUCCUUCAAACAAAGACAGAGGAUGUAUGAGCAGCUGAAGAAGUAUACUGAUGAGGAGAAGCGAUUGGACCUGGGAAGCAGGGGACUAUGCCUGGUUCCGAUCACCGGCAGCUAUCCGGCGACUGCAAGUGAUACAUCCGCUGACUUCUGGCAUCCUGGUUCAGUUCUAUUUGGAGGAAGCUUCAGAUGUAGCAAGAGCAAGCUGGCUGAAGAGUAGAUGAAACUGAUAAAGAACUAAUUAAGCAUGCAAAAGUUGAAUUGAUAUGAAGAUACGACUAAAGCUGAACCAAUUAAUUGUAGUGGCAGCUGAAUGAGGAGUGCUAAAUUUGGCAGGAGGAAUUUGGAGGAACAUUUAUUUUGAGUACUUGAGAUAAAUGGGAGAAGAUUUUGAUUUGUUUAUAAGGUUUGAUGGACCUUGGUAAUUGGCAUAUCUGUCUUCUCGUAUAUUUUCCGGCAGAAAUCUGAGUGGAUGGCUCGGGUCUUUUAAUGUUCUUGCUAGAAUAACACUAACGUCCGUAGUCAUCAUGAAGCUCAAAGGAUCUACCUUCCAUAAUCUGUAUUCCUUGGGCACAAGAAUCAAACAUUCAAUUUAAAUGAAAUGUUGUUUGAUCCAUAAAGAAAGAAACUGCAUGUUUUAGAGUAUUGCUAUCUGUACUAAAAGUCUAAAAUGAAUACUCUGUUCCUCUUGUCGCUUA